GAACCUGGGAGGUUGAGGCUGCAGUGAGCUGUGACCGUGCCACUACUACAAGCUGGGCAACAAGGCAAGACCCUGUCUCUAAACUGAAAUAAAAGCAGCUUUCUCGUUCUCAGCUACACCUGCAGGGCUGCCCUGGUUUAUAUAUAUAUAUAUAUAUAUAUACAUAUACAUAUUUAUGAGAUGAUAUUCUGUGUCAAUUACAUAGAAGAGGGCCUGAUGCACAGUCAACACUAUACAAGGGCUGGUUGUGGUGGCAGAACAAAGAUAAGGACAACCAGGAUGAAGCAAAGCAAGAAGAAACAGUAGAAACAGGGACAGAGACGAUUUGGAAACCGAGUGUUGGAGGCCAGCCAUCCCUGGCACAGGCCAACCUUGGGUUGAAGUCCUCACACCCGACUGGGAUCUCGAAGGCCUGCGGCCAGCAGUGACGUUCCGAAAGCUUGCCCGGGAUGGGGAAGCCCAGCUGCAAAGCCUUUCUCAGUCCUGCACAUAAAAGCCAGCAUGGGCCGUCGAAGCUCUGUUGCCCAGGUGGAGACUGCUCUGGACGCCUCCAAGGGACCAGUGGACGGCAACACCUGCCUCAGCGCCAGGCACAGAGGGUCCACUACAGGGAGGAGUGAGGGCAGAGGCCGAGGCGAGGAGGGGACCGUCCCAACUGUCUCUCCCCUGCUCGUACUGCGCCUUCGCGCUCCGAGCAUCCCCUCCCCUUGCGAGCCUGACCCAAGGCAGGGGCUGGACGCGUGGACCCCUCUCUUUGGCCUCCCUGACGUCCCUGGCCUCCUGCAGGAGCAGAGAUGCGGCCAAGUGUCGCGGCCGCGGUGGCUGCGGGGCUGUGGGUCCUGUGCACGGUGGGUGCGGCGGCCCCCCGGCGCUGCCUGCUCUCCCACUACCGCUCGCUGGAGCCCCGGACGCUGGCAGCGGCCAAGGCGCUGAGGGACCGCUACGAGGAAGAGGCGCUGAGCUGGGGGUCGCGCAACUGCUCCUUCCACCCCAGGAGGGAUCCUUUGCGGCCGUCGUCCUGCGCUUGGCUCCGACACGUGGCCCGAGGCAUAGCGGACGCCCAGGCGGUGCUCAGCCGCCUGCACCGCCCGGAGCUGCUCCCCGGCGCCGGCCCGAUCCUGGAGCUGCUGGCGGCCGCGGGGAGGGACGUGGCGGCCUGUCUCGAGCUGGCCCGGCCCGACUCCUCCAGGAAGGUCCCCGGGGCCCCGAGGAGGCGUCACAAGCCGCGGAGACCUGACUCGCCUCGGUGCCGCGAAGCCCGAGUGGUCUUCAACCUCCUGCGCCUGCUCACGUGGGAGCUCCGGCUGGCGGCGCACUCAGGACCUUGCCUCUGACCCCGCCCCUUAAGCCAGCCCCGAAACCUCCAGGCCAUUGGCUGCCGAAAGUGGCCCCUUUCGCCCAUUGGCCCCACCGGGCGAGGCUCUCAGCCAAUGGGCAAUGAGGCACAAGAACUUCUCUGCAGUCUUGGGCCUGACUUGGAUGCUCUGUCUCGGAUACAAGAGGCGCGGGUCCCCAGGAAGCAGCGAUAUUUCCUCGGGGUGCAUUGUGUGAUCCUCCAAGGGCUGCUGUAGCAGGAAGAGACUUGAGGUCUGGAAACCGUGGCUGACCCCAGGCACGGCACCAGUUCCUCCUUGUGUGGUUACCAGGACACCCCCAAACCCGGGGCCCAACCCUGGAUUUGCCACCCCACAGCCAGCUUUGAGAUUCUGUGAAUCUGUGACUCUUGGAUUCGGCAUCUGGGGGGUACCAUCCCUGAGGGUUUGGUAGUGAAAUCCAAGAAUCCUCACCUGACUGUGGUUCUUUAGAUUCCCUGAUUGACGUUGUUUGUAUUUGUGACAUUCCUGUGUAUUUGCUAUUCUGGCUCCUGGUUUAAAUUUAUUGCAGUUAUUAAGAGUGUUUUGAUUGCAUUGGUUGUUUUCCAUAUGAUGGUUCUGAGUUGCGCUUUACAGCAAAAAUAGAGGCUGAGCCAGGGACUCAGGUGGCCUGAGUUUCAGUUCUCACCCUGCCAGUUAAUUAAAGUGUGAUGCAGGACAAAUUGCUUUCUGAGCCUGUGUUUCCUCACCUAUAGGAUGGGUUAGCAUACUUGCCUUGUGGAGGAGUAGUGUACAUUGAGAUCACGUUUUAAACUCUCCAGCUGAGGUCCUGGUAUGGUCUU